AUGUUGAUGGACGAUUUUAUUACAGUUGGAGGAAGGCUAAGACGGGCAGCCCUCCCUGAAGAAAAGAAGCACCAAGUAUUCGUCCCAAAGAGGUCGGAAGUAGCCAAGCUGCUCGUCCUCGAAGCUCAUAAGAGUGUUGGGCACAUGGGUAGAGGUGCUAUACUAAUGGACUUGUGGCAAAGGUAUUGGGUACUUGGCAUUGGUGCGCUGAUUAAGAAUGUUGUCAGUAAAUGUGUUGUUUGCAGAAGGUACAACACUAAAGCUUCUCAUCAAAAAAUGGCAACAUUGCCUACUGAACGGUUGAUGAGCGAUAAACCUGUAUUCGAUAACACAGGUCUUGAUAUGUUUGGACCCUUUGAGAUCAAACAAGGUCGAAGCAUGGUCAAAAGAUAUGGACUGCUGUUUAAUUUUGCCUGGCUACAAGAGCCUUACAUUUGGAGAUUGUUCAGACAGCAAACACUGACUAAUGCUUGA